GGAUGAAAGGACCGGGGCUGUUCUUCACGACCAUGAGAGGAGCAGGAUCAGCUCUUUGACCAAAGAUGAGUCUGACCCCAGAGCUCUGGCUUACAUCUACCAGCAUCAAGACAACUACAUCCUCUUCUACAUCAAGAUGGCUAACCUGGCAUAUCCAGUGUUCCUCGACAUCCAGGAAGUUUGUCAGCAUGUGAACCAAGAGAUCUCGCAGCAGCCUGCAGAGACACCAACACAAGGUGUUUCUUUACUGGUUCUACACAAGAGCUCAGCAGCAGAGGAACCAGCUCUUGAAGAUCUGUUCAGUCCACGGCCAGAUAUUUCAUCACAGCAGACAAAGCAGCAGCCCUCGUCCACCAAUGAGCUGAUGGAAGUGUUUUCCACCCCACUGGAGGAGCCUCUGGCACCCACUCAGAUCCCAGGUAUCAGUAAGCCAGAGCCUCCACAGCAACAGCAAGUGCUCUCCAGCUCGCAGAUUCUCUCUAUGUUCCCCACACAUCCUGUAGGUGGCUCUCCAUACUCAUCCCCCACAUACCCUCCAGCCAGCAUGCCUUGGGGCCAGCAGGCACUUCCAGGAAACCAGUGGGCGGCCCCGUGGCCCACUGCGCCUGGCAACAUUUCACCAUGGGCACCACCAGGUGUCACAGUAUCCCCUACAUUAAGCCAGGCUCCCAGCGUGGCCAACCCUCAGCCCGGUUUCAUGACGGGAGGAAACGCACCCCCUACACCCUCUGGUGUUAACAGCUACUCCACCCCUUUAAACUCCUUAAACUCCACCCCUACAGGAACAACAGCAGCACCACUGUCAGUGUCCUCACCCUUGGAGAACCCCUCCCUCCUUUGA